GGAGCUCGCUUACUCGCGUAUUUUGGUUUCGUAGGUUGUAACUCAACUUAAGCGUCAUCAUUUGAGUUUUCUAACUGCUUGCCUUUUCUGCUCCAUGGAUGACAGCCACAAAGUCUAUAAAUGUUCAUACUUCUCAAAUGGACGGUGACUUCAUGAGCUUAGCGCGUUCGGUCACGGGCGAUUUACUUUCAAACCAAAAAACAUCGCCCUAUGAAGUAGUUCACAAUUGGACAGUCCCCACAUGGAUCAUAAAAUCAAUGAAAUAACUGAAAAUAUUAAGCAACGUGGUCGUGAGGGUGCAUAUCCUCUCUUCAAGGAAACGGGUCCGGAAUAUGUGAUGCCGAAAUUUCCGAUUGAGAGGAAAGAGAUGGAAGACCAUAUCUUGGAAUUAAAACUGGCCCGAGCAUUAAGUGUGGCAGACAAUGAUUCUAAACUUCUCGUUAAUGAAGAAAACCAUGAUCUUACCAUUUCGAAUCCUUCAGCUACCUGUAAAGCUAUUAGUUUAGAUGACUGCAAUUCUGUUGAAAGCAUAACAAACGAUCAUGAAUCUGUGUUGUCUAGCAAAAAGAAUAUAUUUAACAAAGAUUCUUCCAACUCUUUAUCCGUACUCCCUGAAACAUCUGAUGAAUCAAAUCUUCACUCUAGCCAAUCUGCUACUUCAGACGUGAAUACGUCUUUGGAAUCUGGUAACCGGAUGCAACCUAAGCUUACUCAAAACAAUAUUCAGUUUCAAAAUGAGCAGAACUGUGGAGGUUCUUUAUUCCGAAGAUUAUACAGCAUCCCUAGUACAAAUAACGAUGGAUUCCCAAUAUAUUUAGCACCUGCGCCAAAUCCAGGCGUAUUCACAGAUGUAGUUCCUGUUCUCCAAGAAGUAGAAGAAGCGGCUGAAGCACACAUAGAGUCAGCAGCUGUGGAAUUUCAACGUGUUCAAAUCUGCGGGGAUGAUACUCUUGGUGUUCCUGUAGAUGAUUUACAUUUAGCUUCAGAAGCAUUGAUUAAAGCCUUAUUAUUACGUCAAAAAUACAUUACUUCAUCACAACAAUCAUUUCAUUGUACAACUAAACGGUAUUUAAGUGUACUGGAUUCAGGUUCAGUAAAAUUAUUGGAUUCAGAGGAGAAGCAAUAUAAAUCUAUACACACCCCUGUAUUUGGCUCAAACACAGUCGACAAUAUCACCAACACAACUAUCAUCCCCAUCAAUUACAGCUACAAUAAUAUUAAUAGUACCGUACACUACAUACGAACAUGUAGAAGAAUCUCAUCUCUCGAAGAUCAUCCAAUUCAUCCUCCUGGGAAAACUGGUGAUCCUUUCGAGAUAGACUAUUGGCCUGAACCAUUAGAUGUUAAAAUGGAAUUUCGCAAGGGUAUAAUGCACAUCGAAACAUUGUCUGAUUCACCAGACAGAAACCAGGUGAAUUUAAUAAAUGGGACAUCAGAACAUAAUCAUAAUAAUGAAACUGUUGAUGUUGAUCAACCUAUGAAAAAAGAUCUACCAGAAUUUACUAUACCAUCUCUACAGACAUUCUUCUCAGAUUUUGAUACAAUACGUACAUUUGUAGGAGAUGGUCCAUUGAAGUCAUUCUGUUAUCGUCGACUGACUUACUUGGCUUCAAAAUUCCAAUUGCAUUCAUUGUUGAAUGAAGCUCGGGAAUCAAUUGAGCAAAAACGUGUAUCACAUCGUGAUUUCUAUAAUAUUCGAAAGGUUGAUACUCAUAUACAUGCAUCAUCAUGUAUGAAUCAAAAACAUUUACUACGUUUUAUCAAGAAAACAAUUCGUACUAAAUCAGAUGUUUAUGUAUGUGAAGAUCCAAAAACUAAAAAGCCUAUGACAUUAAGUGAAUUGGUUGAUAAAAUUGGAAUUACACUUUAUGAUUUAAAUAUUGACAAUUUGGAUGUUCACGCUGAUCGUAACACUUUUCAUCGAUUCGAUAAAUUCAACGCUAAAUACAAUCCCAUUGGUCAAAGUCAACUACGUGAAGUGUUUUUGAAGACGGACAACUACAUUAAAGGCGUUUUCUUUGCACAUGUUCUGAAGGAAGUGUUCUAUGACUUUUCUGAAUCGAAAUAUCAAAAUGCUGAACCACGUCUUUCAAUUUAUGGUAGAUCUAUCAAUGAAUGGGAUAAUUUGGCUAAAUGGGCUAUCGAUUGUAAAGUUUAUUCUGAUAAUAUACGUUGGUUGAUUCAAGUGCCUCGUCUUUUCGAUGUUUAUCACGCCAAAGGAUCAAUGAAAUACUUCCAAGAUAUUAUCACAAACGUCUUUCAACCAUUGUUCGAGGUAACCGUCAAUCCUAAAUCCCAUCCUGAACUACAUGCAUUUCUACAAUAUGUAACUGGUUUUGAUUCAGUGGAUGAUGAAUCGAAAUCUGAUAAAGUUGUAUUCAAUGCAUCAACUCCUACACCGGAUGUAUAUGAUUUAAAUGAGAAUCCUCCAUACUCUUAUUAUAUAUUCUAUAUGUUUGCUAAUAUAUCUCAAUUAAAUCAACUUAGAAGUCAUCGAGGCUUAAAUACAUUCUCAUUUAGACCUCACUGUGGUGAAGCAGGUAAUAUUAAUCAUUUGGUUACCUGUUUCCUGUUGGCUGAAAGUAUCAAUCAUGGUUUGUUGUUACGUAAAGCUCCUGUUCUACAAUAUCUUUACUUUAUUGCUCAGAUCGGAAUAGCUAUGUCACCUUUGAGUAAUAAUUCUUUGUUCUUGGAUUAUCAUCGUAAUCCAUUGAAUGACUUUUUAGCACGGGGUCUGUUCGUCAGUCUUAGCACUGAUGAUCCUUUACAAUUUCAUUUUACUAAAGAACCAUUGAUUGAAGAAUAUAGUAUAGCUGCUCAAGUAUGGAAAUUCACAUCUACUGAUAUGUGUGAAUUAGCACGUAAUAGUGUUUUGAUGAGUGGUUUUUCUCCUCUGAUUAAAUCUCAUUGGCUUGGACCUAAUUAUACACAAGAAGGUGUUAUGGGUAAUGAUAUAACUCGAAGUAAUCUACCCAACAUUCGCGUUGCUUAUCGUUUUGAAACUUUAACACAAGAAUUACGUUUGUUGUUAAAUUCUGUGUUAGCGAGUCGAACUAGUGGAUCUGUUUCACCUGGUAGUAAUACAGUAAUGCAUUCUCCAAAAAAGAAUCAUAUUUCAACAGAUUCUAGUCGAAUCGAUCAUUUAAAGAAAUGAUUAUUCUUGUUACAAUAUAUGUACAAUGAUUAUCGAUACUAAUUAUCUGCUAGUAACACUUUUGUCUUUUCUUUUAAAUGUGAAUUCGCUUAUCUUAAUUUGAAUUCUUCUAUCUGAAUUUAUUUGUUCAUGGUUUGUUAUGAAUUAAACAGUUGUAACACAUUCUAACAUUCAUAUAAAUAUCUACACUCCUUACAGAUAAAUAUCAUAACGUGGAAAGUAAUUUUUCAUCCACAUAUUCACACCUACAUUUUUCUUUCUUUCUGAUGUGCUUAUUUUGAUUAUUAUUACUUAAUUAAGAGUCCUAAUAUAAGUACCAUUUCAUGCAAAAUAUUUUAUUACUAUUAUUUCCGGGAAUAAUUGUAUCUCACUUACACCAUUCAUCAUUUAAUGAUGAUAAUCCACUGUUUAAACUUUCUCUGCGUUCAUCAAUUCUGAUGAAGUGUUGUUAACACCAUAUCUACUAGAAGAAAUUCACUACAUUGAUGAUCAUUUAAUUGUAUCAUUGAAGAUAAUAAUUUGUGCGCAUAUACACACACAAACGCACAAGUUGAAUGCAUUUACGGUAAAAGUGCAAAUGUUUUAAUACAGUGUUGAUUAAUCUGGUUAAAGAUGUCUAUGUUGCUUUUUAUUUGUGUACGGUAACAAACCUUUAUGUUAUUAUGUAAUAAGAAUGAACUUUGUAAUAUUAUUAAUGUCUAUCAUGUGUUUUUUGUUUGAAAUACACAAUUAUUUGUUCAAUCAAUGUUUAUUUUAAAAAUAAUCAUUUUAAACAAGAAUAUUUUCUACUUACUC